GAAGCUCCUGGGACGUCAUUGUUGUGGUGGUUGCGCGCUGUGUCGCUUGUUGCCAACGAACGUUAAUACGCGUCCACCGGUGUGCUCACAUCGACAUGCUAGUAUGUUCUGCAGUGCUAACAUCACAAAAACGUUAGGACAUAAUUCCAUAUUAGAUAACGAUGCACAACGCAACCUGGAAACCAAAGCAGAGGACCCAGCAUGAGCUUUGCCUGAAGCAGCUCUGUUUCCACGCCGUCAGGGAACAUAUCGCUACUCUGGACACUAAGGCUUUAUUGGACCUUCCAGUAGUUCUCCUGGAGGAUCUUGUUCCACACCUGACUGUUUGGCAGCUGAAUAAACUCCAGCCUGCUUUGAACCACAGAGGGAUUUCAACUCUCUCUGGGUGGGUUCGGGUACUGCAGGACAUAAAUGGACCUCAACAAUCAAUAGUCCUGUACACAGAGGAGGAGGCCAAACACGAGGCUAUGAGAAUCAUUUUCACAUCCAGAUUUUACGGCUUCAUCGAUGAUUUCACAGGAAGCACGCUACAUUCAGACACACCAUCCUUCCUGUGGAUGGCAGCUGCAUGUAUCAAAGAGUUUGUGCUGAUGGCAAAGUGCCAUAAGCCCCUUCAACGUUUAGCUGCUGGGCAGCGUCCUCUGCUGGAGCUCCUAGAGAAACGUAUCCAAAGUGUUGGCAUAUCCCAGUCCAUUGACAUGUCAAACAGGAUGUCACAAAUUUCCCUGUAUGUUCUCCAUCGCCUGCUGGACCACGGGAGGGCUGAAGAAGUUGCUGUACAUGUGCAGUGUCCCAUGGUUCUAGCCUGGCUCCUACACAGGAGGGGAUCUCAAUAUGUAAUGCCUGAACUGGACAGAAACAUGUUGAGCUGUAUUUCCCAAGCCACUUCAGCCAGCACUUACACCAGCUGUUCAGAAGAACAUGAUGUCAUCCCACGUAAACGCUCAAAUAUUGGUUCUGUGCUUACAGAGGCUGACAAAGGCAAGCUUACUGUGGAUCCACAAGCUCUUUGUCAAACCUUUGCUGCAUAUGAUGUUCCCUCCACAAAGAUCUGUCCUUGGGGACAAAUUCGACGUCUGAAGAUCAGUCGGUGUAGCUCUGACUCCCUCAGGCUGCUUAGUGCUGCCCUGCCCACGUUUUUCUGCCUGCACUCAUUAACACUCCACAGCUUUUCAAACUUCAAAGACACUGAUGUGUUGGACUUUGCCAGAGCCCUGAAGCAGCUGUCUGAAAGCUCGCUGAGCAGCCUCAGGGAUCUGAGCAUCGGAAUCCUGCCAUACACCAGUUUUUUGGAGAUCCUGCUUAAUGCAAACCCCAAAGUGAUGUCACUACAUGUUGAGAUCCAGACGUUGACAUGUGGACAGUUACCACAAAAGCUUUUCAGGUCUGCUGAGUCAGAGUUGCCAGCGAUGCCACUGGAGAAGUUAACAGUGAAAUUAGCAGAGAUCCAAACAGAUCUGCAAGUCGUUAUAUCUGUGCUCAAACGCUGCCCACACCUCACCUCGUUCCAUGUAGCUGGGAUGAGGCCACCAGGUGGAUUUUCUCUUGGUCAGCUGUUGACCACUCUGUCAGAGGUAAAUCUCUGCUUAACGAGUCUCAGCUUGGAAGACAUGAAGCUGUGUGACUGUCUCCCUGCAAUCUUAACUCUGCUGAGCAACCCCAAGCUGGAAGAGGUGCGGUUCAGUGACUGUCGCCUUUUUGAGAAGGGGACUGAGAAGGAGGACGGUCUCAAACAGCUGGUGGUUGCUCUGAAGAAUCUACCUUCACUCCAAACGCUCAGCCUGGCUCAGAAUCGGCUCGCCAAGAAUGCACAUGUGUUGGCAGAGCUGUUCUCAGGAUCGUCUCCCAGCUCUGUGAAGCUCCUUGACAUCAGCUCCAACUUUAUUAAGCCAGCUGACCUGCUGAAGUUUGCCAAGAGAUUGCAGACGCAUCGUCCCCCACACCGAUUAACUCUCGAUCUCAGGAUGAAUCCAGGAGACCGGGAUCCAGACACAUGGAACACUGCACUUAGGAAGCUCCACCUGUUCUGUGUUGUGCUGGUUGGAGGAUGGAAGUCCACGGACUCUAUGGUUGAUCACGUCAGUAACAUGUGACCCAAUCAUUAAAAUCCCGUAGGCGUAAAAAUCA